CAACAUGGCGGACCACAACAUUCCCCACGCUGAGCAGAGUCUCUACAGUGAGAUGUUAAGUCCGUCUGAGCUGUUUGCAGCCCGGUCCAGGAGUCACAAGAUCCCAGUGAGAGGACCGAAGGACUUCUUCCCUGACGGCUCAGACGAGCAGAGGCAGCGGCUUGACCAGAGUCUGACCGAGCACUGGAGCCUCCUAUCUGAGGAGAGGGUGGAGAGGCUAGGAAACUUAGUGAAGGCCACAUGGAUUUCAGACAAACGGAUUGUGGAGCUUCAGUCUCCAGCUGGAAAGUUCUGGCAUACGAUGGGAUUUUCUGCCAAUGGCAAACAGUGUCUUCUCCCGGAAGAGGCUCUCUACCUGAUGGAGUGUGGAAACCUGCAGGUGUUUUAUCAGGAUUUGCCGCUGUCCAUUCAGGACGGUUAUGAGAGAUUUCUGUCCUCAGCCACAGUGAGCCUCCAGCAGUAUCAGGUGUUUGGGCAUCUGAAGAGGCUUGGGUAUGUGGUGCACAGGUUCGAUCCCAGUUUGGAGCCAUCGUCGUACGCAAGGCAGCUGAACCUGCCUCAGUCGCAUGAUAGAGCAGGAAAACAACUGAAGAGGAAACGUAGCGUCAGCCCCUCCUCCACCCCGACAUCCAGUUGUACUGACGCUCAAGAAACUUCCACUGAUAGAACUGAGAGGAUGAUGGAGGAUAAAGGCGAGGAGGACAAAAAGCUUCCCGAGUCAACCUCUCCUGAGGAUAUGGAGGUCCAGAUCUCCACCGCGACUACCACUAAUCCAGCAGACCAAGGUGGGGGCAGGAGCUGGUGGGCAGCAGAUGGUCUCAGGGACUCGGCCAGGGGAUCCAAUCACUGCACCACAUCUGUUCCCUCCCGCUGGGACUUCAGCUCCAUCCUGUUCCCUGACCUUGGCUCCAGUGAACAUCUGUCCAGCUGUCUGGCAUCUCCAGACCCUUCUCUGCUGCCUGGGGCUUUGGCUGUGGGAGCCUGUGACGUUUCCCCCUGGAAGCAGAGGAUAAACUUGCGGAAGGUGGGAAUGUCUUCAAAUGAGCAGAGGAGGGAAGAAGACGAGUGGCGGCGUCGGCGGGAUGUCAACAAAGACAAAGACGUCCGGCAAUGCAGAAACUGGGCGGAGUAUCAGGAGCUCCUGAAGAGGCGACAGGGGAGAGGGGACGGUCGUCCAGCUCACCUGUGGAACAGAGAAGUCACUCCCUUACAUGACCCAAGACAACCAAUCCCCACCAAGGAGCUGUUGGAUAAAAUCAGCGUGAUCGAGUCGACAGAUUUACUCGAGGGGGCGUCCAGGUUAAAAGGCUCAGAGGACUGGAGGAUUUGUUUCAGUGUUUACCAACCUGAUUCGGUGGCUGAGUUCAAGAAGAACAGCCCGGGGAAACCUUACUCCCGCAUGUGUGUGUGUAGUUUCGACGGCCCUGUGCCCGACCUGCGAGCUGUCAAGCUGCUGGCGUCCCAGAGCGGAGACGUCCCAGUGGUCUUUGCUGUGGUGGACUACGGAGACAUCUCCUUCUACACCUUCAAAGACUUCCAGCUGCCAACCGAUGUUUACCCCUGAGACGUCGCUGAAAAACAUUCACACACACGUUUUUGGGACUUUUAAAUAAAUCUGCAAACGUGGGAUUGAUAUGUUAAAAUAUGUUGUGUGUCUGAUUUACUACGAAUUGAUAUUUGGUUGGCUCCAAAUAAGGUCAUAAACCCCGCCUCCUCCAUAUGAACAGAUUCAAAAUUCAAAGUUUCCUAGUAUCCAAGGGCUCCAUUUUUGUACAGUGGGAGAAAAUGGAGACACGUUGUCUAUCUGGUGUUAAUUAUGAAUCUGACCAGACUCAAUAUUACUCCUUUAUUUUCAGGUGAGA